AUGGAGUUUGGGAGCUAUUUACUUCUAAAUAUUUUCAGUAAUAGAAGUUUUACUGACUCCAAGCAUAUUAAGGACUCUGUUUUUGCAUCUUGUAUGCCUAGACUAAGGAAGCCAGUAAUUGAGAAGAUGAGGAGAGAUCGUAUUAACAGCAGCAUUGAGCAGCUCAGGAUAUUGCUGGAGAAAGAGUUUCAGAAACAGCAACUUCCAUCCAAACCAGAGAAGGCUGAUAUCCUGGAGAUGACUGUGAGCUUCCUGCAACAGCAUCUGGCUGCUAAAUCAGCACCAUCACCCAGCCUGUCCUACAGAGAAGGUCACUCUAGAUGUCUCCAGGAAUCUCUGCACUUCCUCUCCCUACAGCCACAGUCAGAAGCUCGGGUGAACCUGCUGCAUCAUAUCCAGGGACCUCACUGUGCUUGCACAUCUACAAGGGCAGUCUCCUUAUGA